CUAUCAAAAUAUGGAUGAUGACAAAUGGUGGUAAUGUUAGACGCCCCAAGACUGUUUUGCAUAUGAGACGAAAGAAAACAGGAACAAUGCUUAUAAAGGACAAAAUAAUGUGCCAGGCAACUCGUUGUUGUUAUGUGAAGGUCGGUUGCUUGGUAAAACCAGAAGAGUAACGGUUAUAUUUGCGCUCUUUUCAGAACCUUUAAAAACAUAUACUGAAACUGUAGUUUAGGUCGAUCGUUCAUCAUCGUUGGAUUAAAAACAAACCAUGGAUGCCUUAUUUGGAAACAGGAAAAUUCGCCUGGCGACUUUAACUGACUUUUCUCAAAUAUCUGUAUCCACCAAAAACCACUUGAAGAAUGUAUAUACGUGUCUGAUUUUGUGCAUGCUCAGUGCAUCUGCUGGUGCGUUUCUGCACCUCAAGGGUAUCUUUGCCCAGAGUGGUUUCCUGUCAAUCAUUGUCUCCAUUGGUCUCAUGCUAUGGCUUGCUGCAACAUCUCACUCCAAAGAAAACCAAACCAAAAGGCUUUGCAUUUUGACUGCUUUCGGUGGAGCAAUGGGACUUGGAUUGGGACCAACACUCGACUUUGCAGUUGAAGUAAACCCACAAAUCAUCAUGACUGCUUUUCUCGCAACCACUGUCAUCUUCAUUUGCUUCUCUCUCAGCGCUCUGUAUGCCCAACGCCGUUCUUACCUUUAUUUGGGAGGUAUGCUUAUGAGUUGCUUGACCCUUCUUAUGGUUACUUCAUUGUUGAACCUGUUCAUGAGAUCAUUUGCUGUUUUCCAAUUUGGUCUCUAUGUUGGCACCUUUGUCUUCUGUGGCUUUGUGGUCUACGAUACACAACUGAUUGUUGAAAAACAUCAGAAUGGAGACAAUGACUACAUUUGGCACAGUGUUGAUUUGUUUUUGGACUUCAUCAACAUUUUCCGUCGUCUUAUCAUUAUCUUGGGCUUGAAUGAAAAGAAAAACAAGAGAAACAACUAAAAGUAAAAGUUGUGUUAUAUGUAUAUAAUAAAAUGCGGGUUGUCUUUUAUAUGUAACUGUUUGUUGCGUCUUUAGGGUCCUUACACCCAUUACAGAUCCAUAUUUUUGGCUUAAUUUCUUAUUUUUGGCUUAAUUUCUGCACCACGAUAAUAAUUGCAAUGAAAUAGACGUGCUAUAAUCCAAAAUACUGACUCUUUGUGUAAUGUGAUGGUAUAAACGUGGCUGUGGGUUUUUAUUGCCCCAUGUAAAAAGUUUCAAAAGAAUUCCACUUCUAAUAUCUAGGGUUUUAUGUUUGUGUUUUUUGUACAUUAUUUGCAAGUAAUCUAUAUGUGAAAUAAACAAGGCAUAAAAA